UACUGAACAGUUCGGUUUCCUUCUCAAGAGAGCUCGAUGAAGAGCUUCCCAAUAUCUAAAACGUGCAACAGUGCUUAAAGUUUGUCUAUCUCUUCAGAAGUUCUAAUAUGAUGAAAAAGUUGUGAAAAGCAUACAAUUUGGACCUUAAAUCAAUUUACUAAUUUUUGGUGAAGAAUAUAUACUGAAAAAAAGGCACAGAUGAACAACCUGCCAAAGUGACCCUGACUUUGGAGAUUAAGCCCAGAAAUCGCCGGGGGAGACUUCAAUGUAUUUGGAUCCUUGCGGAGGAUGGAUCCAAAGGCGGGAGUUUGGCUAGUGGCGCCGUCCGUUCGUAAUGCCAGCUGCUCCCAUCCGCGCUUCUCCGCCAACUCCCUGUGGACCCUCGUGGGCCCCAUGGAGGCCAUUCAGGCCUUCCUUGUGCUCAGUCUCGCCGUGGGAAUCAUCGGUGCGAAUCUCAUGGUCAUUCUCGUGAUAAAUAACCGUCGUUACUCACCAUACAUUCAUCCUCAGCCUCGCUAUUUGCUGACUUCGUUGGCGCUUAAUGACCUGGCGAUUGGCGUUCUUAUCACCCCGUUCGGUGUUGUGUCGGCGCUCUUUCAUUGCUGGGCUUUCGGCGAAGUAGUGUGCCAAAUUCAGGCUCUUCUCCGUGGUGCUCUAUCGCAACAGAGCGCUGUUAUUCUAGUUUGUAUGGCUGUCGAUCGGUAUCUAUGUUCCCUCCAUCCUGACCGAUAUCGUCAGCAUUCGAGCAAGAAGGGAUGCGUUGUGAUGCUGAGCUUAGCGUGGAUAGUAUGUUUAACAGUCUUCGGAUUUCUGGUGCUGCCCAAGGGUUAUUAUUACAAUACGACGGGUCUGCUGGCGUGUGAGCCAUUCUACAGUCGAGCCUCUUUUCGCAUUCUUGCCACUUGUGCCCUCUAUUUUCCCACCACAAUGGUGCUCAUGUACUGCUACGGAUCCAGCUUCCACGCGAGUCGACUGAGACUAACAGUGGACUCCACAAAAUCUCCACCAGAAACACCGCAGCCACAAACAAGCGUCACCAUCAUCACAGAAAAGGCGCCUCAUUCACUAGUUCAGGACCGUCAUGUGAGUGGAUCAACAUCGCGAACAAUGGCUGCAAUGUCUCUGGGUUUUAUCGUAAUGGUGACACCGUGGACAAUACAGGAAGUUGUGGCAGCAUGUACAGGAUCAAAGGUGCCGCCAUUUCUGGACUUUUUCGUUACAUGGACAGCAAUGAGCAACAGUUUCUGGAAUCCAUUCCUCUACUGGCUCCUCAAUGCUCACUUUCGUCGAAUUGGACGAGAGUUCUUUACUACAGGGUGCUGCUCUAGUGAUGAUCCCACAACGCGUAAGUCUCGGUGUUGCAGCGUAAGUUCAGAGUGUGACCCCAUCUCACUUCCGGUCCCACCUGGACCACCUAAGUCUCAGCCUCCUCGGCCCGACAUCGAGGGUUUAUCUGAGAAGUACUGGGGAGAGAUUCUCGAGCGCACAGUCAGCUCAACGUCUCUGCAUGCGCUCCAGAGAGCCUACCACCAUCGACAGAGCGGCAGUAUCGUAAGCCUCAACUUGACUGAUCCGGAAAUCGGGGAGCACACCUUUCAUGAGUCAACUUGUGCGAGAAAUAAAGUGCUAAUGGACACGGAUUCUGGCCAGAGGCAUAGUAUUAAGGGCCUCCCGGAUAUUUAGUGAUACGACAAUUCUCUAGGAUAGUGCGAUAUAGGUACCCUCUUUUUCGUAUUGGUGGUAUAUUAACGCGUUUUCGAUAAAGUGAACGAAAGAGAUUCAAAGAGGCCAAAAAACAUCAUUGACAAAAUUCCAUCAACUUUUUUCAUUCUUGUGUUUUUUUUACUGGUUUUGGUAUCUUCCUUAUGGCUCUAGCACACCUUUUUAAAUAAGUGAAAUUCAAUCGAUUGAAAUUUUACUUCUUACUCUUUCAAACUGAAAUUAUAUAUAGUUGUCUCUUUCUGUCAAAUGAAAAACAAAAUUGAAAUUGAAAAUGAAACUAAAAUUUCAAUUUUCAUUUGAUAGAAAGAGAUAAAAAAUAUCUUAUUUCAGUUUGAAAGAGUAAGAGGUAAAAUUUCAAUCGAUUGAAUUUCACUUAUUUGAAAAGGUGUGCCAGCGUCAUUAACUUCUAAUUGCUCGUCUCUUUUUUUUUUAAUUUUUCGUUAAGUUUUAUUUUUAAUAUAUUUUUUACAAAACUAAUGGUUGUUUUAUUAAGCGUAGAAAUAAGCCUUGCUACAAAAACACUGAAGACUUCCUCAUGUAAUUUUUCAUUUAUUUUAUGAAACUUUUAAAUAUUUUAAACAAUUUGUUUUUUUAAUUGAAUAAUUUUCGCUAAUUUCACCUGUCUUAAAAAACGCAAUUUCGUUUUGAAAUUUGCGUUUUUCCGUUUAAUAAAUUCUCUAAAUUUUGGAUAUAAAUAGAGCAAAAUUUUAAUUAUAAACAUCUUCGUUGAGUUUUUUAAUUGUUUAAAUGCAGAAUUUAUUUUUCAUUUUUUCUUUUUAUUAUGCAUGAAUAUAUUUGUAUAUUUUUUUCCAAUAUAACUUUUUUUUUAGCAAGAUUAGGAAAUUUAAUCCGUAUAUUAGUAAUUUUUUAUUUUAAUUGAGGUUAUGGCUUCGUCAAGUUUCUGACAUUUAACGAAUAAUUUAAAACUGAUAAACAUUUAAACAUUUAACGUUAAUUUGGUCAAUAUUUAAAAUAAUAAAUUAGCCUAUCUGUUAUAGAUUUCUAACUGCCUUGAUUUAACUGAUUUGAGAAUUAAUCUGCUUUUCAAUCUGAAAAUUUUAUUAAGUUUGUCUGUGAUAGAAUCAUAAAUAAUUCUUAAAUCUUGGAAUUUUUUCAUUAGAUGCAUUUUAAUGUGCAAUCUGCAUAGAAUUACACUUGUUGAGAGAUUCCUUUCAUACACUAUACUUUUCGUUAAAUUUAGUAACUUUAUGAAAGCUUUCUAUGCUGUCUCAUAUACCUAGUUAUCGACUUUUUGUUGUAUUUGUGAUGAGGGAAAUGUUGAAAAACCAUGAGUAAUCUGAGAUAAUUGGCAAAAAGAGAACUUUCUUUGCGGAGAAUGUUCUAACAGAGCCUGAAUUAGCGAUUGUUUGUAAGAAGGGGAAACAUCGUGUGCAAAGAAUCUUUUCAAAUUAGCAGUAAAAUUCCUGUUGUGGAAAAACUUCUUUUAUUUCUUUUUCUCUUCAUAGUACAAUUGUUCUCGCGAUUUCUCUUUCAACCGGUGAAUGUGUGUGUGUUGUGCAAAAGAACAUAUUCUUUUAAUAAUUAGUAAAAACUAUACGAGAUUUAGUUGUUUCUUCUAAAGUCAGACUGGAAACAAUAGCGAUUGGAUAAAAUUUAAGAUUAGAUAGAAAAAAAAACAGAGUUUAUAAAUAAAAAAAAAUCCCGGUUUUUGCGAAAUGUUAACAAAAUAUUAAUGUAAAAUUUUUGUAAUGGAAAUAAAUCACAGUGAAGAGAGAGAUUUUAUUUAGAUAAAGUGUAGAAUUUGUAGCGAUAAAACAAUUAAAUAAUUUAUUGACAAUUGUCAUGAUUUUUGUGAAAGUUCUACCAAUCUGAACUUUUAUAUUAAAUCGCACGAUUUUUCUUCAAAAAAA